UAAAACAAACUUCGCGGUGUUUCACAUCAAAGAUAUACUUUCCCAUGGAUACAUAAACAAAUGUGUUGUGCUUUUUCUUCAUCCAAAUUUUCGCGCACAACAGAUCGAAGCACUUGAAUUUCGGAUAAUGUUAUAAACUCUGACUCUUCUUCACGGUUUUGUUAACCUUCUCACUGAAAGGUGCUGUUUUGCUGCCGAAAACACUUCUAUAAUUACACCAUAAACUGAAGCAGACGCAGAAACAAGACAUGGAAUUCCUCUCAUGAUAUUUCGACUAACCUGUAUUACUUAGGUAGUAUUAGGUAAUCAUUGGAUGUUCAGGAGGCAGCUAUGUCGAUCAUCUGCCAGACAUUUGUGCAGAAUGCUUGGCGUAGUGACCUCUGCUCCAAUUGCUUUAAGUCUUUAGAGGAUCAUUCGGAGUCUACGGGGAUAAGAAGUGAUAAGAUGUCCACUCAGAGAUAUGUGCCUCAAGCUCCCUCUUUAUACCAGAGUCGAGGUAUCUCAACGAGUUUGAAGUGGCGUCUGAAUGAACCACUGUAUGACAGAGUGGCGAAAAGAGACUUCGCAUCGCAGACACCUCCCAAGACUCAGCAGAUAGAAAAACAGAACGAAAAAUCGGAAGGAAAGGGUAUUCUUAUCAAAGACUCUGAUCGAAAACUUAGAAGUCGAUCCAAUGUUGAUUUCGCAUCCGAAGAAGCACUCGUCAUAGGGUAUGGAGGCAAUGACUAUGACUCCGACUUGUCACCCUGGGAAAUGGGAUCAGACGAUGGUUCCAUAGACUUUGAUCAACUCGAUGACAACGAUGAAGAUAGGAAGAUAACGAAACUCACUAAGAACAACACAGAAUUCAAUUCCUCCAAUCAGAAUCUCCUGAAGCCCGAUGCCACCGAGACGCUUAUCCGAAAGGAAGAAGAGAAAAGAAAAAACACUAAUAGCAACAUCAACAAUACGAAAGCACCGGCGACAACUGAAAAGAAUGUAAAUAUUACCUACAACGAAAUUCAAGCCCAAAAGAAGCAGAGCCAAUAUUAUUAUCCGUCACCAACAGAUCAACUAAAAUCUUAUUUGCACAAAACCUCAAAUAGUGUAGAUACAACUUCUCAGAAAAAUAAUAAAGAACAAUCAAAACUGAUAGAUAUUAACAGAGUAAAUAUCAGCAAUGGAGAGAUUACGAAAGAAAACUGCAAAAACUUGUUAAAUGAAAACUUCACGCCUCUAAAUACUCGCACAUAUUCUUUUGUAUCUGAGCUUAGUAAGCAUAAUGUGAUAUCAGAGCACAGCUCAGAUUCAGAUUAUUCCACAUGCAGACUCACAGCUGGUGAUUCUACGGACUCAGAAUCUUUUCAAGAUGCUGACGAAUCUAGAAUUGAGCCCUGCCCAUCAUUCCUUCAUGGUAAUUAUCCUAAAGGACUAUCGCACUCCGCUAUUCGCGCCUUGGAAUGUGAGAAAAAAUAUGAUGGUGGUUCUUCGACGUCUGGAGACAUUUCUAAUCUUUCCGACGAUUCAGACACCCUCGAAUGUUCGGAAGUAACGAACUACAAAUUAAAAACAUCGCGAAAUGUGAAAAAUUCUCAAGAAGUGGAAAACAAAAAACUCUCGAAAGAAAUUGUUAUGAUUUCAUCAAGCGAGCAGAUAUUACCAACCCAUGCAAUCAAUCAAAAUUUUGAACUGCGAUCAAAGGAAACAAAUUUUGAAUGCCAUCAAAUCAAGUGUGGUUUCCCUGAUAAUAAUAAACAUGCAUUAAAAGAAAAUACAACCCCUAAGCGUUCAGUUGAAGAUAAAAAAGAAAGCCCUAUUGGAAAAGAAAGCAAAGGAAUAAGGAAGUCAGACGAUGUUGUUAGCAUAAAAGUUGACUCUAAGAGCAGCUCUUCUGUUGAAAAGGUUGUUAACAAAGAAAAACAUAAUAUGACUGCUCCUUCCAGCAAACUGAUGGACAACACCAAUUCUACCAGUUCUGGUGAAUGUGUAACACCUAAAAAACGCUCAACCUCAAACGAAAAUAAAAAAUUACCGAAUAAAACAACACCGACGACAACCCCACAAUCAAAUGACGAUGUUGAAGUAGCACGAAAGCAAUCUCGCAGAUCACCUCCAAGCAAUCAAACAAACAAACAUCAAUCUCAAGAAAUCGAUAAUAAGAUUAAAGAAACUGAUGAACAGCAAAAGAAAUCAGCAAGCGAAAGAAAUGAAAGAGAUUUUAUAGACAGUAGUGAUUGCGAAGCAUCCCCAGAUACUAUAGCUCACAGACAAUCCAAGCUGGCAGCGUUGGCCUUAGAGUUGGAAUUAGCCAGGAGAGAUUCUGCUCGGCCCAACAGCAUUAACAUACCAGUUACGUCUCAAACAGCACCACCUCUGAUGCAGAGAACCAGCAUUACACCAGAAUCUGAGAUGACUAAACCACCCGAUCACAUUCCAGCGUCUCGGCAAAACAGCGCGCCAUCUUCCGUUUCAAAGCUUUCUCAACUACCCGAUAUUCUUCAGGAAACCCCCACGAAAUCGAAGAAAAAUCGAUUCUCUUUGAAGAAGCUGUUGAAACGCAACAAAGAUAGCAGCUCUUUAUCUAUAACCCCAUCAAGCAAGGAAACGAACCCUAAAGCAUGGAAGAAACAGUCGUUUGACAGAUCCAGAUUAAGUCUUGAAAUAGUACACCCUAUGGAUAUGACUAGUGAUCUCGCUACUAGUGGAGAAAGCACCCCGACUGAAGAAAGCCAUUAUACAAUAUCGAGUCAUCCCGGUAAGGGUCUGUUCAAGAGUGGAUAUAGCAGGGCAAGGAGCCUCUCUGCCUUGCCUCAAAUUGCAUUGGAAUCGAACGAACGGUCUAAUUGUUCUCUGAUAGACUGCCGAAAAGUAGAAACGCUACCAUCAAGAAAAGCUGGAACAGUAGCUGAAAGAAAGAAAAAUCGACCUACUCUUGUAAGGACUCCUUCCUGUUCCGCUUUGCCGAAUCGAACACAACCAGAAACUACUGAUCGUUCACCACCACCAAAACCUCCUCCUCCUCCGAAAUAUAAAGUGAUGCAUCCACCACCACCUCCACCGCCACCUCAUCAACUAAGGUGUACUAAACCUCCAACUAAUUCUCCAGCAAGGCCACCUCCUCCUAAAAUUCUUGAAUCAAGACAUAUGAAUCGGAAUAGGCCAGACUCCAGAGAUCAAUCUCACUUCGACAAAGAAUAUGCUAAUUUGGGUGAUAUUCGUUCUCAGCUGAUGCCCAAGAAGCCUGAACGACCCUCCGCUGUCUCUGUUCAAAGAGAAAGUGAGACGGAGAACAAGAAGGACAGUGAAGAUCUCUACGAAACUCUGCAGGUCGCUGAAGAGGAAGAGGAUCAUUACACAUACCUGGAUGACACCGACAAGAAGAAUCCCAAGGAAAUCAGUGCUUUGAACAAAGAAACAGUUUCGAGAUUCAGAACCAGCAAGCAACAGCAACCUACUUGUGGUCGACCGUGGUUAGAUCUUCAGACGAGCUAUUCAGCAAUUGCAGCUACAAAUUACGAGUCCCUGGCUGAGAUUAUUACUUCCUCCAUGAACGAAAGUCCGAGUUACUUGAAAAAUGAUGCUAAAUCUCUCAAACUAAAAGAUUUCGUCAUUGACAAUGCGUCAAGUCAAGUUCCUCUCCAAGAAAGGCUAAUUUAUAACGUUACCUAUCGGAACCACGAGCAAGAAAAAGUCAUGCUAUUGAUAAUUCCUCGAAAAUCAGGAGCACCACCUUCCCGCAACCAAACUCGUUAUCCAGUUCUAGCCAGUUUCAACGACUACAUUCCAAAACAGACAGGAGUUGCAUCCCCAAAUUUAGAAUCUGCUUCAGUUUACAUCUUGCCAAGAUCAAACAUCUCAACUCUUCUCCAAUUCACAGAAUUGACGUCUCGGGAAGAUAGCAAUCAACACAUACAUUUAAGAAACUAUUGUUUUAUUCUUUUGCAGCUGAUACAUACGCUUAAAAGUCUUCAAGCUGAAGGAAUUGAGGAAGUAAACUUCGCCCUGGAACAUUUGAUGUUGAUAACCACACACGAAGACAAACCUCCAAUAUUUGUUCUUUUUCCUGAGGACAAAAUCUACCUCACGAUUAGUGACUCGGUUCAGUGUAAGAGGACUCUGUGCCAGGCGACGUUGUCAAUCAUGUUCCAUUUCUUAAAUAUCAAACAAAUAGAAGAGCUUAAAACUUGCCUCGUUAAUGGUGAACUCUUGGCAGAGCCUGUGGCUGAUACUUUUAACGCCAUUGCAAAGAUAUUGCUUGAGGAAAAGGCUUCUUCAUUAACGCAGGCAAAAGGUUUUCUUGAGUACAUGCUGUGGGGACCAGUGGAUGUUAAAAUAACGGACUGUCCAACUGAAGAUGAUAUUGAAGUUAUUUUGCAAAGGUGGUUGGACUUACAGCGAGCUCAAAUGGUCAAAUCAACUAUAGCUCAACUUCAACUAAAAGUGCACUCACCCACAAAUCUUCACGUAUUUGAGGAGUAUCAACUAAUAUAUUUACUGCAAGCUUCUGUAAAGAGUUUAAAAAGUGUAAUAUCUAAACUGUAAUCCGAUGUUUAUAAAGUUAAUAAAAUUUUAUUAUGUUGUUGAUUUUA